GGAACAAGUGCGUUACCGUUGGCAGCAGAAUCGUAUAAAUAAAUAAAUAGAGCAAAAAAACAACAUGCUAACGAAACGGAUCCUCUCCCUCUUCUUCCCUCUAUCAAAUUCUUUCAACUAAACCCCAAAUCUCAUCCUCAAUUUCAUCUCCAUAUCACUCUAAUUCAACCACACUACCAUAAAUUCAUCUUCAAUAUACUUGAAUACCCUAAUUCCCAACUUCAUCACUUGGUUAGGGAAAUUAGGGUUUCAACAAUCAAAAUAUGGAAGAAGUAAAAGAGGAACCAUGGGACGACGCGUCAUGGUCACGUUCGGUUAGUGAAACGGUAAAUGGGUCACACGAAUUAACGAUAAAGGGUUAUUCUUUAUCCAAAGGAAUGGGGGCUGGAAGAUACAUCACCAGUGACACUUUCAGCGUUGGUGGUUACGAUUGGGCUGUUUACUUUUAUCCUGACGGAAAAAACCCUGAAGAUAAUUCUAUGUAUGUUUCGGUUUUCAUUGCACUUGCCAGUGAGGGUACUGAUGUUAGGGCUUUAUUCAAAUUAACAUUGCUUGAUCAAACUUCAAAGGGUAAUCACAAAGUUCAUAGCCAUUUUGAUCGUCCACUUGAGAGUGGUCCUUAUACUCUCAAGUACAGAGGCAGCAUGUGGGGUUACAAGCGUUUUUUUAAGAGGCCACUGUUGGAAAAUUCUGAGUAUUUGAAGGAUGAUUGUCUUGUUAUGCACUGCACGGUUGGUGUUGUUAAGACACGAUUUGAAAGAUCCAAACAUGGUGUUGUUGUGCCUGCUUCUGACAUGGGUAAAGAUUUCAAGGAUUUGUUUGAGUCUCAAGUUGGUUGUGACAUUGUCUUUAAGGUCAAGAGUGAAAGCUUUAAGGCUCAUAAGUUGAUUCUCGCUGCUCGGUCGCCUGUGUUUAGAGCUCAGUUUUAUGGACUUGUUGGGGAUCCUUGCUUAGAGGAAGUAGUGGUAGAGGAUAUUGAGCCCUUUAUCUUCAAGGCAAUGCUUCUCUUCAUUUACUCGGACAAAAUUCCUGAAGUCUAUGAGGUUAUGGGCUCAAUACCUAUGUGCUCUUAUACUGUCAUGGUGCAGCAUCUAUUGGCUGCUGCUGAUCUCUAUAAUCUCGAUAGGCUAAAAAUGUUGUGUGAAUCAAGAUUGUGUGAAGAUAUUAAUACAGAGACCGUAGCUACAACACUUUCCCUGGCCGAGCAACACCAUUGUCCACAGCUCAAGGCAAUCUGUUUAAAAUUUAUUGCAAAUCCGAAAAACUUGGGAGCUGUAAUGCAAUCCGAAGCUUUUUUGCAUUUGAAAGACAGCUGCCCCACAAUGUUAAUGGAAUUGCUGGAGAUAUUUGCCUCAGUGGAUCAUACCUCAAGUCUGUUGUUGAGCAGGAAAAGAAGCGUCAGUAGCAUAUAUGGGCAGGAUUUAACCGAUGGAGGGGCAGCAGAAUCAGUCAAUCCAAAUUGCAAGCGUAUCAGAAGGCGGACAUAAUAGUAGUUUACACAGUCUGGAUAUUCAACUCAAAUACAAACCCUUAGGUACGGAGCUGCUUGUCAAAACGAGUGAAUCAUGGUUUUCUUUUCACCUGAUUCCACAGCUUUUAUCUGUGAAGUUUCUACUCUUCUAUCUUGUCUCAAAGAGCUACUCUGGACAGCAUUUUCAACUUUAGUCUGACGUUAGAAGAGUUCUAAAUUUCCAAUUAGGGUAUAUCAUGUUUGAUGAGUUCAAUAAAUAAUAAAUAGUCUUGGAAGGAAACACUCUUCCUUUUGAAGUUGUUAUAUGAUUGGAUGGUAGAACUAUCCCCAUUUUGUUUCCCCUACAUAGCUACUGGGUUGUGUGGUGUGUUAUUCAAUCAGUAGAUGGCUGGCUCCUAUAUCUGAUA